GAAUUAAGAGACUUUAGCACAACCUCCCAUCAGCGAUAAACUCCCGUCAUUGAUAAAGAUGAACAAUGAUUUUGCUUUUCACCUGUACAAGAGGCUUGUAGAAAUGCCUGAUUAUCAGUCCAAGAAUAUCUUCUUUUCUCACUUCAGUGUGUCCAUGGCCCUUUCUGAGCUGUCUUUAGGAGCUGGUGGUGAAACCAAACAGCAGCUUCUCAUUGGCAUCGGCCAUAACAGCUCGGUCUUCAGCACUGAAGAAAUGCACCAGAUGUUCCACAGUCUUCUGGAAGAAAUCAGCCAGAGGACAGGGGUGGACAUUGAUGUCGGUAGUGCAAUAUAUGUCAGCGACAAACUAAAGCCCCUUCCUGAGUUCUUGGAGAAGAUGAAGGAGUUUCACCACUCUGAUGGCUUCACUGUGGAUUUCAGUGUCAAAGAAACACUGGAUAAAAUUAACAUGUAUGUGAAGGAAAAAACACAUGGGAAAAUAGACCAUGCUGUUGAUGAUCUGGAAUCUGACACUUUGAUGUUUCUUCAUUACAUAUAUUUUCAAGAAAAAUGGGACAAGUCAUUUGACCCAAGCAAGACCCGUCAAAGUACAUUUUGUGUGGACGCUGAGACCACAGUUCCAGUACAAAUGAUGUACCAGUAUGCAUCCCUCAAAAUUUAUUAUGAUGCUGACCUCACUUCUAAAGUCCUCUGUCUAGACUACAAUGACUCUUUCUCCAUGUUUCUGGUUGUCCCACAUAUUGACAUAUUUGUUGAAGCUAAGACCAUCAAAGAUCUUGAGAUGGCCAUCUCUAGACAGCACAUUGAAAAGUGGAGGACAGCUGUCAGAAAAAGAAAAGUUAACAUCUAUGUCCCCAAGCCCUCUCUGAAAACAUCAUAUUCCCUGAAAGAUAUUUGGAAAGGACUGGGAAUGGCUGAUAUGUUUACAAAUGAAGCCAACUUCACAGGAAUUUCAGAGGAAAUGAUCUUCAUUUCAAAGGCUUUGCAUAAGGCCACUCUGAAUAUAGGUGAGAAAGGAACCACCGCAGCAGCAGUGACAAGAGUUUCAUUCGGCCCAAUGUCCUACGACCCAAUGUUGUUUUUGCGUUUUGACAGUCCAUUCAUGAUCUUUAUCACUGACCAAAAAAAUGACAACAUCCCCUUCUCACAGUAA